AUGAAGGCCUCCGCGCUUUCUUGCCUGCUCGGCGGCACACUUGUUGCUGCGGCUACUUUUAACCCCGUCGAUAAGAUUCACAAGCGAGAUGUCGCCAAGUCCGAUCCCUACUACCCUUCGCCAUGGAUGAAUCCCGAGGCCGAUGGAUGGGCGGAGGCGUAUAUCCAGGCGAAAGAUUUCGUCUCCCAGUUGACUCUCGCUGAGAAGGUCAACCUGACGACCGGUGUUGGUUGGCAAGGAGAGCAGUGUGUUGGCCAGGUCGGCGCGAUUCCUCGCUUGGGUCUUCGUAGUCUUUGCAUGCACGAUGCGCCCAUUGGCGUCCGCGGGUCUGACUACAACUCGGCCUUCCCCUCCGGUCAGACGACGGCGGCCACCUGGGACCGCGUCCUGAUGUACCGCCGCGGCUUUGCUAUGGGCAGCGAGGCCAAGGGCAAGGGCAUCACCGUUCUGUUGGGCCCCGUUGCGGGCCCGAUUGGCCGUUCUCCUGAGGGUGGCCGUAACUGGGAAGGCUUCUCGGUCGACCCCGUCCUCACCGGUAUUGGCAUGGCUCAGACCGUGUCCGGUAUGCAGGACGCUGGCACAAUCGCUUGCGCGAAGCACUUUGUCGGUAACGAGCAAGAGAACUUUAGGCAGACGGGUGAAUCCCACGGUUAUGGGUACGACAUUGCCGAGUCCCUCUCUUCUAACAUCGACGACAAGACCAUGCACGAGCUCUACCUGUGGCCCUUUGCCGAUGCCAUCCGCGCCGGCGUUGGUUCCAUCAUGUGCUCGUACACUCAGGUCAACAACUCGUACGGUUGCCAGAACUCGAAGCUCCUCAACAACCUCUUGAAGGAUGAGCUUGGUUUCCAGGGUUUCGUCAUGAGUGAUUGGCAGGCUCAGCAUACCGGCGCCGCCAGCGCCGUCGCUGGUCUCGACAUGUCUAUGCCGGGUGACACCGAAUUUAACACCGGCCUCAGUUACUGGGGCACGAACCUCACGCUCGCGGUCCUCAACGGUACGGUCCCGGCCUACCGUGUCGACGACAUGGCCCUGCGAAUCAUGGCUGCGCUGUUCAAGGUCCGCGGUACCAUUGACAUGGACCCGAUCAACUUCUCAUUCUGGACAUCGGACACGUACGGCCCUGUUCACUGGGUUGCCCAGGAGGGUUACCAAGAGAUCAACUCCCACGUUGAUGUCCGCGAGGACCAUGGCUCUCUCAUCCGCGAGAUCGCCGCGAAGGGCACCGUCUUGCUCAAGAACACCGGCUCUCUUCCUCUGAAGAAGCCCAAGUUUAUUGCCGUCAUUGGUGAAGAUGCUGGCUCUAACCCCAACGGCCCCAACGGGUGCAGCGAUCACGGCUGUGACGACGGUACACUUGGCAUGGGCUGGGGUUCGGGCACAGCCACCUUCCCUUACCUCGUUUCCCCCGACUCUGCUCUCCAGGCUCGCGCUAUCCAGGACGGCAGCCGGUACGAGAGCGUUCUGACCAACUAUGCCCCCGACAAGACUAAGGCUCUGGUGUCCCAGGCCAACGUCACCGCCAUCGUUUUCGUCAACGCCGACUCGGGUGAGGGUUACAUCAACGUCGAUGGCAACAUGGGUGACCGCAAGAACCUGACCCUCUGGAAGAACGGCGAUGACCUGGUCAAGAACGUGUCAAGUUGGUGCGACAACACCAUUGUUGUGCUUCACACCCCUGGCCCCGUGCUGCUCACGGAGUGGUAUGACAACCCGAACAUCACGGCCAUCCUCUGGGCUGGCAUGCCGGGUCAGGAGUCCGGUAACUCGAUUGCUGAUGUUCUUUACGGCAAUGUUAACCCUGCGGCUCGUUCUCCCUUCACUUGGGGCAAGACCCGCGAGGACUACGGUGCCGACAUCCUGUACAAGCCGAACAACGGUGGUGACGCGCCGCAGGUGGACUUUACCGAGGGCGUCUUCAUUGACUACCGCCAGUUCGACAAGGCUGGCGCCGAGGUCCUGUACGAAUUUGGCUAUGGUCUGAGCUACACGACUUUCGAGUACAGCAACAUCAAGGUUGAGAAGUCUGGCGCCGGCAAGUACACUCCCACGGUUGGCAAGACCGACGCGGCCCCGACCUUUGGCAACUACUCGGAAGACCUGAGCGAUUACCUCUUCCCCAAGGAUGAGUUCCCGUACAUUUACCAGUACAUCUACCCCUACCUCAACACUACCGACGCUAAGAAGGCUUCCGCGGACCCCCACUACGGCCAGACCGCCGAGGAGUUCCUUCCGCCGCACGCCACCGACAGCGAUGCCCAGCCGUACCUUCGCUCCUCGGGCGGCAACUCUCCUGGUGGCAACCGCCAGCUGUACGACAUCAUGUACACCAUCACCGCCGACAUCACCAACACCGGCUCGAUUGUCGGCGAGGAGGUGCCGCAGCUGUACCUGUCGCUUGGUGGCCCCGAUGACCCGAAGGUUGUGCUGCGCGACUUUGACCGUCUGCGUAUCGACCCCGGUCAGACCACCCAGUUCACUGCUCGCCUGACCCGCCGUGAUCUGAGCAACUGGGACACCGAGGCCCAGGACUGGGUCAUUAGCGACCACAAGAAGAUCGCGUAUGUGGGGAGGAGCAGCCGCAAGCUUGAUCUCCAGAUCGAGCUGGCUUGA